AUGGGAGGCUUGAAUUCUGCUGAGAAAGAAAAGGUUAAACAUGCUUUGCCCAAGGCUUCUAACAAGAUUAUAGAUGUUACUAUCGCUAGGUUAUACAUUGCAUACCCUAAUCCAGAGAAAUGGGUUUAUACUGGCUUAUCUGGUGCCAUUGCAUUGGUGGACGAUAUCGUUGGUAAUACUUUCUUUUUGAAGUUGAUCGACGUGCAUGGGCAUCGAGGUGUUCUCUGGGAUCAAGAAUUGUACGUGAACUUUCAAUAUAACCAGGAUCGUACUUUCUUUCAUACCUUUGAAUUAGAACAAUGUAACGCCGGGUUGUUAUUCACCGAUAUUGGCGAUGCUUCACAUUUUUUGAAACGAGUACAGAAACGGGAGAAAUACGCGUCCAAGAAGACCUUGGCCAACAAGAAUGCAAUUGCAUUAGAGGACCAAAUUAAGAAAGAGGAAGAGAGUAAAGUGAUCCAUGGUCCAAGAGGCGAAUCCUUGAUCAGUGACCAAAGGGUCAGAUAUAGAUAUGAACCGGAAAAGCACGAGCACCGCCAGGAACACCAUUACGAGCAGCCCAGCCAGAAUUAUGCUUCAACUGAAAACUCAGCUUCAGAUGCAAGUGCCGCUCCUCCUUCUUUUGCCUCGAAACCACCGCCACCGCCUGUCGAGAAACAACCUCCUCCUCCUGUGAGCAUCCCAUCUUAUAAGUACGACUCUAUUCCAUCAUUCCCAAGCUCUCCUGCACCUCCAUCGGUUUCCUCUACUCAUUCUCCUACCCCGGAUUCAUCCUAUGCAUCAACACCAGCACCAAGUAAUCCUCCUCCACCAAUAAACCACCCGGUACAUGCAGUUCCUCCUCCUUUACCAGCAGAACAAUAUCGUCCACUGGCUCAGUCACCUCAUCCGCAAUUCCAGCAGCAGCAUAAUUCUCCUUCACCUGCAGCACCUCCUUCGAUUCCGCCUAUGCAGCAAAGCGUUGCAAUCCCUCCUCCACCUUCCCAUCCAGCUCAACAACAAAACGUCACUAAUAACAACACUCCUCAGUUUGGACAAUAUUCUGUUGCUGGUCUGCAACCACCUCCGAGACCAACUUCAACGAGACCUGGUAUUGCUCCUCCAGUUUCGAGGCGUGGUCCGGUACCACCUCCCCCUCCAAGACGCUCAGCUGCUCCGCCGUCCAUUCCUUCAAGAGGUCCUCUACCUAAUGCUCCAACUGGCGGUCAGCAUAGUCGUACUGGAAGAGGGCCUCCACCACCACCACCACCUAGACGUGGUGGCCAGGCUCCUUCUCCACCUGCAAGCAGAGGUACAACUCAUAACUCAGCCAUCGGCCCUCCCCAGCCCCAGCUUCCACCACAAAUGCAAUCUCCUCCUCUUCAACAGCAUAAUACCUACAAUGCAGCGCCUCCUGUUCAGCAAUAUCAACCACCACAGCAAACCGCAUACAUUCCGCCUCCCCCUGUCUUACCACCCCACUCAGGUGUAAGCACUCAGUAUCACCCAUCGACCGAGCCUAUGUUAGCCCAACCCCAGCAUCAUAUAGCGGUACCUAAUGGCACUGCACCUCCCCCAGCACCUCCUGCCCCUCCGGCACCUUUUGCUCCACAGAUAACGAACUCAGCGCCCGCACCACCACCACCUCCUCCUCCUCCUCCAGCCCCUGCAUUUAAUCAACCUGAAGCAGGAUCUGGUUUUGUUGAAAAUACUGGUGAUGCUGGAAGGGAUGCCUUAUUAGCAUCGAUUCGUGGAGCUGGUCUGAAUUCCCUCCGUAAGGUGGAUAAAUCUCAACUUGAAAAGCCAAGUCCUUUGUUACAAGAAGUUCGUAGUGAUGCGCCGGUAUCUCAACCCACAGGCGGGUCAACUGGCGGACCUGUUGGUGCUCCUGCGUCCUUGGCUGAUGCCCUAGCUGCGGCUUUAAACCAAAGAAAGAAUAAAGUUGCUCGUGACGAUGAUAUAGACAACGGUGAUGAUUGGUGA